UUGAUCGAUUUUAUUUAUGUGGUAGCCCCCAAGAUUCUUACAGAUAGCCCCAGAAGGGUAUACCUGGGUAUACCUUAUACCUUAUGCCUUGUACCUGCCUAUUGUGGUAUCCUCCCUAGUCCCCUCGGUAUUUAUAUACAUAAGGUCCGAUCGCCAAAGUGAUUAUAACAAACAUACCACACGAUGUAUUUUGGCCUCCUGAUUUCAUAUCUGAUAGUUAUUCAUGGCGCAACUAAGUUUUAAAGCACCUGUAAAAUAUUUACCGUCACCACCGGCCACUACCGCACUCCACGGGUUCCUGCAACAAUGUUGUCUGCACUUAACAGAGCUCUUACUCAAGUUUGGCUCAGAACUCCCACCUCUCAAAAUGGCGCGGUCCGCAGUCUGGCUACGGUCGGCGCUACCCAGCGGCUCCCGCCGCCGCCGCCGCCCGCGGUGAGCGCGCUCUGCCGGCUGCUGCCGCUGCGCGCGCCGCUGACCCCGCCUGUGGCGCCGCUGGCGCUCCGUCUGCCGCCGCUGGCGCCCUCCGUGCGGCCGCUGCCGCCGCCGCCCCUGCCCGAGCCCGUGCAGCCGCCGGCGCCCAGCGGCGACCGCGGCCGCAGGCAGGCGGCACGACUCGUGGUCAUCCGCAGGCGCAAGAUGCGGAAACACAAGCUGAAGAAGCUGAGGAAAAGGAUGCGCUACGUCUGGGCCAAAGUGAAACUGCGAAGGUCCAUCCGACGCGAGAAGGCGUUCCAAGCCGAGCAGAUGGCCAUGAUCGCGGACGCACGGCGCUUCGAUCCCCGCCAGUACAUGGACGAAAUCAUAGAGAAGAGCUCCACACUGCCGAUGGCCACGAAGCGGCACGGCAAGCGGCUACCCUAUUUCAUCCGGCUGGAGAUGGAGAAGGAUAACCUGAUCAAACCGCCCAAGUAGCGGUUCGGGCGGGGUAGUGGGGCGGGUCGUGUGAAUUGUGAAAUAUGAACUGUAUUUGCUUGUU